UGAUGGUAUGUAAAGGUCAUUGGCCGUCGAUGAUCCAACUAGAUGGGAUCUGGUCACCCAAAUGGGUGCGCCCACUGGGCCCGCUGGGGCCGCUGGUGGCUGGGCUGUGCCCUGAUCGUUUUGCAAGGUCUACAAGGUUGCGGUGACCCGCAUGAUGUUCGUAUGCAUGAGGGCCAUGCCGUCAAACUCUGGCGGGAGGAAGAGCAUUUGCCAAGCUUUUUGGAGACACACCAGGAGGACCUGCAACUCCAAAGACGAGGUUUGCUGAGAUGGUUUCAACAACCCUGGCUGGUCUCUGCAGUGGUAGGCUAUGUGAAGUGGCCGCUGUCCAAGUGGCGUGCGAAGUUCAGCAUUUUGCCCUCCUUGCUGAGUCCGGGUGAAGCGGAUGCCAUGAAAGCCUUGCUCCAAGCCGCGCCGGAGGACUUCGACGAAGACAUUGAUGGAGUGGAUAAGAUGGUGACGUACGAGUUCAUCAUCUCCAGUGCGGGUGCUCAAAAAGCGCAUGACCCCAUUCGAGAAUCUUUGCGCCAGAGGCUUCGGGACAUCACCGAACCCAUCCUGCGUGAUCGCAUCCAGCCGUUUGUUUGGGCGCGUUAUCCAAAGGCAGGUGCCGUGUGCCACUCGAUGAUCCGAAGAUACCUGGAGAACGAACGGCGGAGCCAUGACACGCAUUGGGAUAUCCCCUCCUAUGUUUCGGUGGUCGUCAGCCUUGAUUCAACGAACCAGGACUUUGAAGGCGGUUUCUUUGUCACAACGGGAAAUGGUGAGAAGUCCUUCAUACCUUUGCAGAAAGGUGAUACUGUGGUGCAUCAAUCGGAUCUUUUACAUGGGGUGCAUGUGGUGAGCGGCGAACGCUGGAGUUGGGCCAUGUGGUUCCAGGAUUCAUCUGACUGCAGCUCGGCGGCUGAGAAUUGGUGGCAGGCUGAAGCCGAAGAGGGCGACCCCGUGGCACAGACCUUGCGUGCCAUGCGCGCCAGCACUGCCAUGGAGAGUUGGACCUGGUUGAAGUCGGCGGCACAGAGCGGCUUCCCACGGGCACAGCUGUACUUUGGCAAAGCCCAUGAGGAUGGCUUGAUUCAGAAGCCGCAGCUAGAAGAAGCUGCGGAAUGGUUCGAGAAGUCCCGGCGGAAUGGGGAGAUCGAUGCAUGUUUCUACCUGGGUCUUUGGGAGCAGAAACGUGGCAACCUCAGCGGUGCCAUGAGGCUCUUCGAGGAAGGUGCCCAUUUCGGAGAUAGCAAGGCCAUGGGGCAGCUGGCUGCUGGAUAUCGUGAUGGCAGCGACGUUCCAAAGGACCUGGAUCUGGCCACCCAGUGGUUCGAACGCGCGGCGGACUUCACCGUGGAGGCCAUGUACCAGAGCUACUUGAUGUACUCACAGGAGACCUCCCAGCGUCCGGCCAACCACAGCCGAGCUGCGCUGUUUCUGGAGCGCGCUGCACGGAUGGGCCAUGAGGAGUCCAUGCGAAAAUUCGUGGAGCCGUUGGCCAAGGCGAAACGAUGGGAGGAGGUCGUGCCCUGGUUGCUGCGCAUGGAAAGCAAGGCAUCCCUAUCGCAGUUCGUAAAGCUUCGAAAGGCAGGCAUCGCCAUGAGCGCUUUCAGCAUGUUUCGUGCCGAGCAGCUACUGAGGGAGUUGUCGGAUCAAGGAUACCAAGAUGCGCAGCAGCUGCUGUUUGAUCUUACCCAAACGAAGCAAAGCGAGCUAAGUGACAUCGCCCAUGAUGUGCAAGGCUUGAAAUGGAUGGGUGCAAAAGCUACCACAGUGGGUGCCCUUUAUGCCUCUGCCGCGACUUUGCCUCAAGCUGCUUCACCCGUGCAGGUGCAGAAGCCGAUUCCAAUGCCAGUGGCAGGAGCUGUGCAGAUGUCCAUUCAACCUGUGCAGAUACCAACGCGGCUUUCUCAACAUGGGCAGCGUGUGGGUGUGACCAAGGUUCCGAUGGGUCGAGCUAUGAGCACCAGCGCACUACACGCACAGGUGGUAACCCGCUUCCCCGGAGCCGCUGCUGCUCCAAUCCCAGUUCCAGCUUGCGCGUGGAAGUGA